AUGAUUCAUCGACUAGUACUUCUCACUGUCUUUUUCUGCACCUCAGUCGUUGCAGAUUAUCAUAAGUUGAAAUUAGGCGGAGCCUGUGAAGCUCUUCGUGUUGAACUUGAAGGAACUGAUGAUGCAGCAGCCAAAAUGACCAAGCUGAACGCUUUCUUGGACACUCUCGGAGAAGGAAUUCGUCAAAAAUUCUGGGACAUUGUGGCUGCGGCAAAGACCGAUGCACAAACAAAUCUGCCUUCGGACAAGGCAAAAGAAUUGGCUGGAGAAGUAAUCAGCGAUUUUGAACAAGGAAACUUAUUCAAGAGUCAUCAAGAAAUUUCUGCGGAGCUUAAAUCCAAAUUCGAGUCACUUGAUGAUGCUGACAAGGCAGCGGUUAAAAACUUGGCAAAAGUUUAUGGAAAGCAAGCCAAGGCACUUGUCAUGCCACAUCUUCCAGAGGACUGCAAGGCUAAAACUGAUGCUACAGAUGAUGCAGGAAAAGCUGCUGUCGCCGGAGGUUUCGACACGGGAGACUACCUUCCGCGCAAGAAACGCGAGCUUUUGUUCAUCGAUAACCUCACUGCAGCUUUCAGAGAAAUGAGAAGCCGUCGUGGAUUUUAAAUACAUUUAAUUUGUUUUUCGUUUCUUGAAAUUGAAUGAUAAAAAGCGUUAACGUCUUGU